AACUCCACCAGCUUCACUGAGACAUAGAGGGAGAGAGAAGCGAAAGUGGGGCUGAUGCUGCAGCUAGAUCGCAGGCUUCCUUGAUUUGCAAGCUCAGCCAUUCAUGGAGCUAAGGUUCAGGUUAUUGCUGCAUCGGUUCCUGCCUUCCUGCCAUGGGUAGAGCUAAAUCACCUGGAAGAUGGAUCAAGACAUUGUUAUUUGGGAAAAAAACAUCAAAACACAAUGUUAAAGAAAGAGAGAAAAUUACAAAUGACGCAGCGGUCCUGGUUGGUGCUAGGGCACCUGAAGCUGAUUAUCAUGUGGUUUCUCAGCCUAAUACUGAAAGUGAUGAUUGGAAUAGCAGGAAACAAGAAUCAGAGAGAAAGAAUGAGGAAAUUCUACUCCAAGAUCGAGGGAUUGAGACCGACGAGGACAUGGACAUGGCUCAACUAAGUAUAACUCAGGAUGCACCUCAAAAUCCAGAAAUAAUCAGGCAAGAGAUAGCAGCAACAAAGACGCAAGCUGCUUUCAGGGGUUAUUUGGCUCGCCGUGCAUUCCGAGCUCUCAAGGGCAUCAUUCGGUUGCAAGCACUUAUCCGUGGGCAUUUGGUUCGGAGACAGGCAGUUGCUACUUUGUGCUGCAUGCUGGGAAUAGUUAAAUUGCAGGCACUUGUUCGAGGGAGAAAUGUCAGGCAAUCUAGCAUUGGGCUUGAAGUACACAGGUUACUGAUAUCUCAGGGCAUGUCUGGGGAUUCUGCCAAAGUUGAUUUAAGUACUCAGCUUGCCAAUUUUUCUGCAAAUGCUUUCAUUCGAAAGCUUGUUGCUUCAUCACCAACUGUCAUGCCUCUGCACCUCAAUUAUGAUUCUGCGGAACCAAAUUCAAUUCCGAGUUGGUUAGCAUGCUGGUCAGCGUCUGUUUUCUGGAAACCAGUUCCCCAACCGAAAAGAAUCUCCAAAUCUCAGAAAAAGCAGGGUUUCUCUCAAAUUUCAGAAACUGAAACUCGUAGGACGAAGCGUGGUGUCCAGAAAACUCCUGCUUCCAAUGUUGACACAGCGCACGCAACCACAGAGAUGCCCAAACGCAAUGUACGGAAGGUGUCUGGCCAUUCUACGGAUCCUUCGCAGGAUAGUCCACAAAAUGAGAUCCAAAAGGUCAAACGGAGUUUGAGAAAGGUCCAUAAUCCUGUUUUAGAGAAUACUGUAAUCCAGUCUGAAAUUGGAAGUGUAAAGCCCAAGGACAGUUCGGAAAGGCCAUCCAUCACUAGAGGAGAUGAUGUUUUUGAGCAGAACAACAAAACUUCUGAUGAGAAAAUGGAGAGUGAGACAAUCUUGACCUCAUCAAAUUUGCCUGAUGCAGAAAAGAUUCAGGAACCAUUGGAAAUAAAUGACAGAGCUGAUAUUCCUUUUGAUGGUCAAGCAGUAUAUGACUCAAAUGCUUCAAUGGAGAACGAUGUAGAUGAUGACAGCGGUCCUGUAACGAAUGGGCAUCAGGAACCCAAAAACCAAGAAGUCGCCAUCCAGAGGGAUGAUCCAGUGAGCAAUGAGCAACGUAGAUCAGGCCGUAAGUCUUCCACACCCUCAAAGCAAGAAUAUGAGGAGAAUGGCUCACGUAGCAGUCCAGCGCUUCCAAGUUAUAUGGCAGCAACUCAAUCUGCAAAGGCCAAACUGAAAGCGCAAGGUUCUCCGAUGUUUGGGCAGGACGGGGCAGAGAAGAGUAAUCUGUCAAGACGUCACUCUCUACCUUCCCCAGCUAACAGUAAAAUCAAUUCUCAGUCACCGAGAACCCAGAAACCUAAUCAGGGAAGUGGCAAAGGUGGAAAUAAAAGCGACAGAUCAUCAAGAGAUGCGAAUGGAAAGGCUGAGUGGAGAAGGUGACUUUCAGAAACACUGCGGUUCAAAUCUAACUUGAGGAGCAACAUUGUGUGCAGAUUUCGGUUCGUGUUCUCUGGUGUAAGAAGUAUUAGUUCUGAAGCUUGAUUCACGGCGUCUGGUUUCCUGGUUCUCUAGACUUUUGAGUUGGAUUUGUUAGUGCAGGUAACAUCAUGGUUUUUGGAGUCUCACCAUGUUAAAUGUCUCAAAUUAGUGUUGAACUCAUUAUUGGUCUGUACUAUGGUGCUAUACAUUGCAUAUUUGUAUAGUUGUGCAUCUGUUUAGCUACCUCUGUUGGUCUGCUGAUGUUAGGCAUCGCGAACAUUUUCGUCUGUAACGUGUGGCAUGGCUUGAUGAUUAAUUCUACUGAUGUUUCUAUUGUGCUUGGUUUAUUCGAAA